AUUGUGCGAUAUCCGAGUUGAGUAAACAAUCUUUCAAAAACCGUAUAAACCAUUUCUCUCUCCAUGCAAGAAGGAAGUUAAAAUACUACAGCACUUGUUUAGCUGUUAAGGAAUAUUUAUCGGUCUCCUUCAAAUUUAGAAAGAAAAACAGCCAUGUCAAAGGAUAGUGCCAUCAUACCUAUGUGUGAUAUACAUCACGAUGAUGUUGCUCAAGCUCUCUGCCAUAACCAUAAGAAGUUACUUUGUCUAAGUUGUGUCCUAGAAAAAGCGAAAUCUGCGAAGUGUUCGUUUACUGAAAUCCGAAAAGUUUCAGGAGAGAAAGACAGUCUGUUGCUAGAAUGUCUAUCAGUGAGACAAAUAGCUAAAAAGAAGGAACGACUCAUAGAAGAACACGAGAACAAGACGGAGAUUCUUAAAGAUAAAUUGAAACAAGAAGUAACUGAAAUGUAUGGUAACCUUACAAAGCGCCUCGACAAAAUGAAAGAAAAUUGCCUGACGUCAAUUGAUAAACAAGCUAAAACGGUUACUGCAGCAAAUGAACACAACAAGCAACGACUUGCUACAUUCCAAAGAACAGUCAAUGAACACAUUGAAAAGUUGUCAGCUGAAUCAGUUGCCGAUAAAACUGAUAUUCAACUUAAGUUUGAAGAGGUGAAAACGGAAGUAAUGAACAACAUUCCAGAUAAAGACACCACUCCGGAAGGUCUUUUCACACCUAAUGAUCGUCUAAGCGAAGUUAUUAUGCGAUCAGGUGCUUCUCUUGGAAGUGUUUAUUUGAUAGCUCCCGAACGUUAUGACAAAAUUGAUGAAUCUAAUAGUACACAUGAUGGGUCUUCAAAGCCGGUGUACACAUCAUCUGAUGAAGUAGUACAUGAUACCAACAAGACAAAACCAGAUUUCGUCGAAUCAGAUGAAAGCAAUGAAGCAGCAAAUUCUAUCAACGUACCAGAGAAGAAAAAAUCAGAAAGUAAUGAAGGAAAAGGAAGCACAGACAUAUCUGGAAAAUCAGGUACAACGUCAGCAGAUGGAAAGUCGAAGAAAAAAAACGUCGGAAUAUUCAACUGGUUUUCUACGGAUAAAAAGAAAACGUAUGAAUUGGACGGGCAAGAAAAGAAAACAGGUUCUGAUAAGAACGAUGAUCAAGGAAAGUCUGCAAAUGUAAAGAAAAGACCUUCUUCUGAAUCAGGCACAACAGUAACAGAAAAUAUAUAUCAAGAAAGUACGUUUUAUACGUCAACUAACGAACAACCAAAAUAUCUAAUAAACAAAACAGUUAAGGCAUCAUCACUGAAACAACUUUUCACUUCCGCUUGCAAGUUUUCGAAACUUGUAGAUCUCGGAGAUGGAUAUAUAGGAAUGUUUUCAGAAGUUCACAAUUCCUUAGUGCUUGUAGGAACAAGCGGACAGGUGUUUGGACGGAAAACCUUUAAAGAAGGAAACCAUGCUGUUGCCGCCGUGGGAAACCAAGAGCUUGCUGUAAUAGCCGAGCCUGGGCUUCAGGUCAGUAAAUUUAAAGUAAACGACAAGGGAUUUACAGCAGCCGCAAGUUUCGUAGUUAAUGAAGAAAUAUCAAACAUUACAGGAUUUGAUUACGAUGUAGCUUCCUCGAAGUUUGCUGUGAGUUCACCGAACAAAGUUAUAGUUCUGGACAAGAGGGGACAGACAUUAAACGUUGUACCGUUUGGCACCGCUAACACUUCAGCUAGGAAUGAAUUAGCGACAACAUAUGAGUUCAUCAACAACUGCCUUUACAUGCUGAACACUAGAGAUAAAACUUUAAAAAUGUUUUCACUUGAAAAGUCAGAUGCGCUUUGGAAACGUAAAUUUGAAAGCUCUUCGGUCAUGCCGAGAAGCAUGUGUCUAUACAAGGAUACACUUUGUAUUGCUUGUGGGGAUGCUAUAGCCCUUUUCGCGGCAUCAUCUGGUAAGCCUAUCGUAAAACAUGAUACUGAAGAUCUUUUGGAUGAUUGUCUUGGUAUAUGCGUCAUUGAUGACGUACUUGUGUUUUCUUCAAAUUCUGAUAAUAUCGAGAAAUCAACAUCACUCGCUUAUAUAAGCAUGUAGAAUGGAAUUCUGAAUCUCGAUCAGGAAGGACUGCAAAAGUAACUAAUUUUAAAUUGAAAACAUAUAUAUAUAUAUAUGUGUGUGUUUGUGUGGUUAACUUCCUUUUGAAUUUAUCGGCUUACACGUUUUCCUGUGUAAACGCCAUUAAAUAGGACUAUGCUUUAUUUUAUAUAAAAUUCAUUUGCUUUAUAAUGUUAUUUCGACAUUUUCCAGAAUAUCAGAAUUUCAGAGACUGACACUCCCAUAAAGAACAAUAUUGCAACUAUAGAAAAAGAAAAAUGAUGUGUUAACGUUUAUAUAAGAAAAUUACGCUCCAUUAUAUGCCAUCCUCUGAAUUAACUGGACCUUUUCACUACUUUAAAUGUCUCUUUACGAGACAUAAAAUUCUUACGAAGACAUUUUUAUCUAGUACUGUCGUGUUUUGCCAUCGUUCUGUUGCACUUCUCCGUCGUACUAUCUUACUUUACCAUCGGUCGGUCACCAUCGCAUUGUCGCGCUUCGCCAUCAGGUUUCGCGUUCCGCCAUCGUAAUGUUAUUAUCAUACCGUCGCGCUUCACCAUCGUAAUGCCGUCAUCGUAUAGGCUUUGAAAGCAAACAGCAUAGAUCCUGACCGGACUGCGCGAAUGCGCAGGCUGGUCUGGAUCCAUGCUGGUCGCAAACGCACUAUGUUGGUUUUCUCAUGGCGCGGCUCGUAGUAAUACGUAACUUGAUUAGAAUUAUGAAUUAUGAAGUCCACAUCUGAAAUCAAAUUAUGGAAAGAGAUACAUUUCAUUCUACAAUUUUCAUGUGAUUUUCUUGAUUGUUUGUUUGUUUAAGAUCGAUUUAUGGAGACUUUCUUGAUUUUAAUAGCAGAAGACGAUGUCAGACGCCAGAUUUUUAAUAUUUAAUACACGGGCGUGAAUCUUAAUAGAACCUUUGAUGUUCCACAAGCGAGAUGAAUUUUCACAUAGAUUUUGAGAUUUUGUUCUUAUUUGGCGUAUGUAGGUCUGGUUAGAAAAAAGUAGGUACAAAACAGUUUAUUUUACCACAUAUAUACUAAUCAAAACUUCUAGCGCCCUCUCUAUAUUUUUAUAAUUCUAAUGGUACAUUUAUCUUUUUUACAUAUUUAGACAAAUAUGCAAUAAUAACAGAUUAAAAUGAAAAAGGUUAGAUUGUAUAAAGACGUUAUAAUAGGACUUCUACCACAAAAUACACACACAAGUAGAAUUAAAAAAACGACAAAUAUCAUAAAUAAGGAUACAUAAACGUAGAUAUUCACUUUUCACAGAUAUAUAGUCAAGUAUCAAACCUAAUUAAGAUUUAGACUAAUAAUAAGAGAAGAUAAAGACGUUUCCUUUGUCUUCGUUUUUAUUAAAUGUUUGUAUAUAUUUGUGAAUAUUCAAAAUUUGAUUGAAGCCGUUAAAUUAUUCGGCGACGCCGUCUAAAUUCGUUUUCGUUACCUAUGCCACGUGACUUCAGUUUGCAAAUCAAACUACUUGAUAACGCAUUAUAGAUAAUUUAUCAAAACGGAAGAUUUAUGCAACACUCUGCCUGAUUGGACGAGAGUGUUAAUUUCUUUCACUCUGUUGAUUGUGCUACGCUGAGUGAAAUGUAGACAAAGCGUUUAUCCUAAACGACGCUGUUCACAGUUUUAAAGCUAACUUUGGCUCAGUAUAUUUAACAAGAAUAUUGAUAUAUCUCAAAAGGUUAAGUAAGUUUAAUAAAUAUGAUAAAAACCUGUUCAAAUACCAAUAUAUAUCAAAUUAAAGAAAGAGCUGAAUACGGUCUGCCUAUCACAUGAAUAAGGGUGUGAUAAGAAUCUUUUAUGUAGAGAAGUGCUUUUUAAAAGAUUUUCCUUGUUACAAUUGUCGUCUGUAUAUGAAAAGUUUUUUUGUGUGACUUAUUCAGAUUGCAUAUUAAAAUGAGUACUUGUUUGCUUUGAUAUAUUUGUUAUAAAUUAUUUAACUGAUUUAUUAUAUAUGAAUAUUUUUCUUUAGUAUGGUAUGCAAAUAUUGAACUCAGUUGAAAUCUGUUUAUUAUAUAUAUGCUAUAUAAUGACUGAAUCUCAUUACACUGAAAUGAAGGUACGCUGCAUACAGGUUAUCUAUGUGAUAUGACUACUGUCAAACUUUGUUUAUGAAACAGAAAUAUUGAAAUAAUUACAAUUGUAUCUUUUGCUUGACCUUCACUUUUUUUUAUAGGUGUGACGUCAUUGUCCAAAGAUUCAUGAAUAGCGAAUAUGCAUUUGUUAAAGCGGGGUCAGUUGGCCUAUUUUAGAAAUAAAUAAAAAUAAUAAAUAAAAAAAUCCUUUAAUUGA